CUUGCAGAGGCCAACUUCUUCUCCUCUUCCUCCACGACUGACACCACCUUGCCAAUCCCCUCUCUUCUUGCGAUAACGAAGACGAAGAUAUACUCUUCCACCCUGAAUUGACCUCGCGAUCCACACCACUCUUGCCCCUUGACCCCUCGAAGCUAGCAGAGCAAAACCUUGUCUCGGCGCAACACGAGAUUGCGAGUACACCACGGCAACGAGACACAUGCGGGGAGCAGCCACAACUGCACGAGCUUCAUAGCUCGAUCAAACACGCUGUUUGUCAGAGCAUGGCUUCAACCUAUGCUCUGCCAGCGUCGGCAAUGACCCAUAGUCAUGGACACAAUGGACAUCUUCACUCCCACUCCCACUCUCACUCACCGAGUCGUCAAUAUUCUGCGAGCACGCCCAGGACGUUGAAGACGGAACGCUCGAACGGCAACUUGCAUUCGCAUUCCUGCUCGGACACAAAUGUCGAUCUCAAUCAUGCCCAUUCGUACAAUCAUAGCCAUAGUCACAGUCAUAGUCAUAGCCAUGAACGGGAACCAUCGUACUCGGGAUACCCACCUCCAAUUCUCAGUAGCAAUGACUUGCCACCAACGGCUACUCUCGAGAAGCACAACUAUGAAGUAUCGCCCGCGGCUUCGCAGAUAGACUCCUUCGAGCCUUUGAACUCCGCGAAUGUCAUACCGCAUGAUCAUGGACAUCUACAUCCUCUUGCUCUUCAAGAGGAGCCUCGGUCAAGAUUCACCAGCUUUAUACUGCCCCUUACGCUACCAUGGCCUUUACUGCAUAUCAUAAUGGCAAACAUGGACUCACGAAGGAUAUUCUACUUCAUGUGUCUUAAUUUUUCCUUCAUGCUUGUCCAAGCUUUCUAUGGAUACCUGACGGAUUCCCUUGGACUUCUGAGCGACAGCAUACAUAUGUUCUUCGACUGUCUUGCUUUGGGGGUCGGGUUGUUUGCAUCAAUUGCUAGCAAGUGGCCACCGAGUGAGAGAUUUCCAUAUGGAUUUGGCAAGAUUGAGAGUCUAUCUGGUUUUGCAAAUGCGGUCUUCCUGAUGCUUAUUAGUAUUGAGAUUCUGGCCGAGGCAGCCGAGCGAUUGAUCGAUGGCAGGGAGACAAAACGACUUGCAGAGCUGUUCGUCGUCAGUGGAUUAGGAUUGGCAGUCAAUCUAGUCGGCAUGGCAUGCUUUGGUCAUCAUGGACACCAUCAUGACCAUGGAGGACACAGCCAUGGCCAUUCCAACGACCAUUCGCAUUCCCACUCUCACUCCGACGAGAAAUCGCAUUCACAUCUCGAUUGCAGCCACGACCACGAUCAUGAUAAUAUGCAUGAUCAUGACCACGGUCACGGCGACCAUUCUUCUCAUUCUCACUCGCCUCUCCUAAUGCCCCCUUCUCCCAGCAAGGAGAAAGUCCAUGUUCAUACUGCUCAUUCUCACUCUCACGCAAAUGAGAACAUGCAUGGUAUAUUUCUCCACGUCUUGGCCGAUACUAUGGGCUCUGCAGCAGUCAUGGUUUCCACUGCGCUCAUUUACUUUACCAAGUUCAACGGCUGGGAUCCUAUCGCAUCAUGCGUAAUCGCCAUCUUAAUUUUCUUUUCCUCUAUCCCGUUGCUUAAAUCUUCCGCUAGGAAACUUCUGCUUACCGUCCCUGACGAGGCGGAAUACACACUCCGUGACACCUUAGCUGGUGUUAGCGAUCUUCGUGGCGUCCAAUCUUACAACGUCCCAAGAUUCUGGAUGGGAGAGAACACGGGCAGUGAAAAUGCAACUGAGCAAGUUCUAGGCGUAAUGCACAUCAUCGCAACCCGAGGUUCAGACCUUGAUGAUGUGAAAGAGCGAGCCACAGACUUUCUACGAUUACACGGUGUUGACGUCGUGGUGCAGGUUGAGCAUAGUCACGAGACGAGCUGCUGGUGUGGUGGUGCUGCUGGAAGUCGCAGUCCAUCAUUGUACUGAUUGGAAACUGAUUCGCGGUCGUUUUAUAACAUGGAGUUUAGGAGUUUCUUUUGUAUGGAGAGUAUGAGAGAAACACGCAUUUGGAGAUAUGGUGGGAAGGCUCUUCUGAACUACCGUUUGGGGUGUUGGAGGUGGUUGUUGUAGGAUAUAUCUAGCAUGCGCAGAAAUCGAAGGAUGAUAUGCAUAGAGGUUGGCAUAAGAAAGGGGAUGUGAGCAACAAGCAUUUUAGAUAGGAGUUGAUUCAAUGAUACCACGUAGACCCAUG